AUGUACACAGCUUUGGCUCUUGAUAUUGCUAAAACUUAUCCAAUGUUGAUCGGUGAAGAAGAUGGAGACGGGAUGACUGCUCUUCAACUUCUUGCCUGCAAGCCGUCAGUAUUCAACCAUGGAUUUGAAGCGAAUUUCUUCAAGCGUUUUAUAUGCAAGAGUAUGACAUAUACUUUACUCGUCAUUGAUUUGAUCGAUCCGAAAGAAAGAGCCAGUAGAGUGCCUAUCUUGAAAAAACUUAAGAAACAAAAGCUCCAAAGUGAAUCCGCAAAGGAACUUGCAACCCUCUUGAUCGAAAAUGAUACCUCAUGGGAAGAAUCAGAACCAAUGCCAAAUCAGAACAGAACUAAGCUCCACAAAUAUGCAUAUGGAGGAGAAAUUAUGCCUUCAGAAAACCAUUGUCUAGAGAUUAUCAUCGACACCCCCAACUCUCCAUUGAUUUUAGCCACAAAAUCGGGUUGUACAGAGAUUAUUAUCCCUUUUAAAUAA